CGGAGAGGGAGGGGGGCAGAGAGAGGGAAAGGAACGGAGAGUGCAAGCAGGCAGUGAGAGCGGAGGGAGGGAGGGAGAGCACGGAGAGAGAGAGAGAUCACAGCGCGGCGAGAGGGCGGGAGGAGACAGACGGAGGUAGCAGAGAGAGAGAGAGAGCGCGAGAGGAGGAGGAGGAGGGAGAGAUCCCGGACGGACGAGCGUCUCGCUCCACACGCUUCGCCUCUGCCCCCACCCCGCUCCUGCCUGUCACGGUUGUAUCCCGCGCCUCCGUCAUGGACAUCGACAUCCAGCACCCGUGGCUUCGUCACCCGUUCGGCUCGCCGCUCUUCUUCCCGGCGCGCGUCUUCGACCAGCACUUCGGCGAGGGGCUGCUCCCCAGGGACGCGUGCGCUCUGCCCGGCACCCUGGGCUCCAUCUUCUCGCCGCUCUACUGGCGCGAACCGGGCUGGCCGGCUACGCGGAGCGAUGUGCCUCCUGCGUCUGGGGGGCCCGAUGGGAGCAAAGACAACCCCGAGGCUCGCCUGAGGAGCGGCCUCUCUGAGAUGCGCCUCGACGAGGAUCAGUUCGCCGUGCAUCUGGACGUGAAGCACUUCGCGCCCGAGGAGUUGGGCGUCAAGGUGGUGGACGACUUCAUCGAGGUCUACGCCAAGCACGAGGAGCGACAGGACGAGCACGGCUUCAUCUCGCGAGAGUUCCGACGCCGCUACCGCCUCCCCACGAGCGCCGACGCGGGCGCCGUGGCGGCGGCGCUGUCCCCGGACGGGGUGCUGAGCGUGCGCGCGCCGCUGCACCCGCCCAGCGCGGCACCCGCCGAGCGCGCCGUGCCCAUCACGCGCUCCGCCAAGUCGCCCGCCGUCAUCGGCAGCGACGACUGAGAGGCGGUGACCGCCCGCCACCGCCACCGCCUCGCGUUUCCAUAACCCAAACCGCGCCACUCACGCCGCACGCGGCGAUCACACCCACCGCUCGCAUGCCACACAUCAUCAUACACACCGAGUACACGCGCCACUCACGCAACAUACACCGUGAGCAUACACACCACUCACACCCCACACACUGAAAAUACACACCACUCACACCACACACAGUGAACACACCACACAGUGAACACACGCCCCACUCACACUACACACUGAAAAUACACACCACUCACACCCCACAGUGAACACACGCCCCACUCACACACCACACAGUGAACACACGCUCCACUCACACACCACACACCACUCACACCACACAGUGAACACACGCCCCACUCACACACCACACACCACUCACACCACACAGUGGACACACGCACCACUCACACACCACACAUUGAGCAUACACACCACUCACACCCAGGGCCGGAUUAAGAUUGUGUAGGCCCCUGGGCUACAGGCACUGUGAGGCCCCCAGUAAUAUUUUCAAAAGGAAAAGAAAGUUAAAGAAAAAUAAAAUGUCUUUUUCCAAGGCUAACAACAAAUAAAAUUCAGCAUUCACAAGUGAAAUCACUUUUCACUUCAUCUCUGGAGGCCCUCCAGCUGGCGGAGGCCCCUGAAGCCCCCACGCCUCGAUCCGGCCCUGCACACACCACGCAUGGCGAGUAAACGCACCGCAACCACGACUCACACACCAUUCACAGCGAGUAAACGCCAGGCAUCCACGACUCACACCGCACACAGUUUGAGCACCCGAACCACACACAGGCCACACCCACCACUCACACACCAUACGCAGUGUGUACACGCACAACACGCCACACACACAACACACAGUGGGUGCACAAACGUACCAGACACCACGAACACCACACACAACCCCCGGCCGGUCGUGGGCGUGUGGUGAUGAUGGUGAUGAUUGACCCCUACACGUACCGGACAGUAGUUCGAUGAAUCAUUGCAGUUCAAGGAUCGUUUCUUGUGUGAAGUUUUUUCUCCAACGCCUUUUCUAUUGCUUCUCAUUUUUGUUUUAUUUCGCUUGGAGAUUACUUUGUUUGCUACGUUCGCCUAAAUGAAGGAUUAGCGUAAGAUUUUCAUACAAUUUGCAUAUAUCGAAAAACAUAAGUGAUUCGUACUUGAUUCUAUGUUUGUAUCGUGAGCCUUAGGAAUUGAUGUUAAUCAAUGCACUGUCAUAAUCUCGAGCAUCUGGUCACAUACUCGACACAUAGAAAUUAGUGUAUUAAGUAAUUAAUAUAUUUAAAGGGAUUGUGUUGAGUCUUUUCCACCAAUGUUAUCCCCAUCAUGUCACGCGACAAAGAAUCCAUUUGGAAAUCUUGCAGAUAAAUGCAUCGCCACCCUGUGUUUGAAAAUAACAUCCCGUAGGAGUAGACUUCACGGAACUGCUAUGGAAAUCCCUCAAGUGAUCUCUUAUCCACACUCGUGAGCAGAACCUCUCUCCCUACCCUGCUACAGAGGGCAAUGUCAGUUGCAUGGCAAAUUGACGUUUAAUUCUCAGGCUUGGAAUUCAGGCAAAUUUAAGUGCAAAAUGAAUGAAAAAAAUCCAUGUCAUUAUUUUUUGCCAGUAAUUGGAGACCGAGCUGAGAACAUCAACGCAAUAAUGCACUUGAGAAUUCGGUUUAAUCCAUGGGCGGCUGCGUGCACUGCUCUCACUCAACUUUUGAGCCGCCCGACCAAAAAACGAGCGUAAGAAUACACGCUUCGAAUUAUGAUUGAUCAUUGGUUUGAUCAUUUUAAACGACUUUUUUGUAGAAACCCUGCGGAGUUUAUGGACACAUUGCAUUCGCGAAUGACUCGGUUGACUGGAUCGAGGGUCGGGGGGAUUGUUACAUGCCUACCACAUGGCACAGACAACCAAACAGACCACACACACCACAUACAACCACACACAACCACACACACCACACACAACCACACACACACCACACAUAACCACACACAACCACACACACACACCACUCGCCCACGCAAGCCAAUCAGCACCCAUUGCAAUCCCUUUCAAAAAUUGCUUACGUAUUGCACAGAUUCAUUUUUUUAUCCAGGAAGGAUCGAGUGGUGGAACAGUGAUUUGGUGGUGCAAUGUGUUACGAACCUGGCCACCUGAGUUCAAAUCCCGGCUCUGACUAACAUUGGUGGCGAGUGACAUCUGAACCGGUCCGGCGCCCUCUAGGCCACUCCGGUCCCCUGGCCCUUCAUCAGCUGGCACUGACCAGCGCAGUGAUGUUGUGUAAAUCACACAAAAAACCCAUAACUGGCAUGGCUUAGAGAGGCCUUCAUUGAUGGUUGGAUUGAGAAUGACUCUCUAGUUGUAUUUCAUUAAAGAGUUACACGACUGUA